UUUAAUUAGCUAAACCAUGUAAGCCACAUAGGUCAGUUACACAACCCAUUACAUCAAUCACUAAAUCAAUGAUAGCAUUGUUUUGACUCUUUAUAAAUACAGGACUUUUCGCACUUACCUAAAAACCUGUGUGAGAUCUGUUUAUCUUACACUUCUCUGGGGAACUGAAGAGUUAUCAGGACAAAUGAAGACCAUACUGAUCACCACCCUCUGCCUGCUGGCCUUGAUAGCACAAGCUGCUGCACAGGCUACUGAUCCAUCAGCUAUACGGUCAACUAAGAUAGAAGCCAACCGAAAAGAAUGUCUCAAUGCAAUAAAUAAGUGUAGAAGGAAUGUGAAUCCAACUGCGUCCAACAUGGCAGAAGCGGUAUGGAAUACGGAGGCUGCUGAUUUGGCUUUAAAGUAUGCAAAACUUUGUAUAAAAGAUCACAGUGCACUAUCAACAAGGAGACUGUCAAGUGGCGUAGAUUGUGGAGAAAAUCUUUUCUUUGCCACUUAUGCUGCCUCAUGGACUGAAGCUAUUGAUGCUUUUUGCAAUGAGUCCAAAUAUUUUGUAUAUAACAAGGGACCCGUCCCAUCAGAUGCUACGAUAGGACAUUAUACACAGCAAGCGUGGUACAGUUCUUAUAUGGUGGGGGCUGAUGUCAGUUAUUGCCCAAGCCGAACUGACUUCCAAUUCUUUUACGUUGUCCGUAUGUGUCCACCAGGAAAUAUCGAUAGCUCCCUCUAUAAACCAUAUACUGUAGGAACACCGUGUGCGAUGUGCCCGAACAAUUGCAACAAUGGAUUAUGCACCAAUCCAUGUCCUUAUAACUUUGAGUCCCCACAGUGCAGUAACUACAAAUCAAUGUGCUCAUAUCCUAUGGUGAACACUCAAUGCCCAAGAACAUGCAAUUGCACCCGUGGGGAAAUUGUGUAACUUCUGUGCUAUGUCCGAUUGCAUCAAAAUCCAAAAGGAUAUUCAUGUUCAUCAACGCUCUGUACAAGAUUUUAAUGAAUGUUUUCUUCUGAAUGCUUACAGUGCACAGUAUAUUUAAUUCCUCGCUUUUAUCAACUAACACAACUUUAAAGAAUGUAUGCAACUCUGAACUAUGUUGUGUACCGCUGUAUGCACACCCUUCUGAUUCUGUAACCUCUAGCAAUUCUGACCAAUCACUGUACUGGCGAUCUGCCGAAUCUGGCUGUGCGAUCCAUUUUCCAAGGUUAACCAGUUUACCAUUUUUGCCUUCCAGUCAAUGGACCAGUUAUUAUUAUUAUACAGCAUUUACUUGACUGCUGAGGCGCAAUACAUCCAGGUACCCCUUAAUACAAACUUAUGUACAUAAACCUUCCCCCUUGCCCCUUCAUCCAAUAAAUAAACACUCUUGCAACCAUUAAGUU